CUCAUUGUUUCCACCCAGACCCAUUUCGCGGUUGCGCACACUCCCAUUCCCCUUUCAAUCCGCGCUCACUGUUUCCACCCGGACGCAUUUCGCGGUUGCGCACACUCCCCUUCCCCAUUUUCAAUCCGCGCUCAUUGUUUCCACCCGGACGCAUUUCGCGGUUGCGCCGCUUCCGGCCGGAAGAUGGCGGGAAGCGCGGCGGAGGAGGCAGCACCGGGACCGGUUAUGGUUUCGGGGUCGGUACCGGCGCCUCGGCCGCUGUUCGGGGGCUGUUGGAGCUGCCGCCUCCUGUGCGGCGCGGGGCUCUUGGCGGCAGCGCUUUGGCUUUACCGCGGGCCGAGGCGGAGCCUUAAACGCGGGAUCCCACCGGACAUGGCCGCCAUCGCCCAGAUCACCCUCGCUAUCAGUGUCGGAGCGUGGGGCGCCGUCGUCCUGGUGGAUCCGGUGGGGAAACAGCAGCGAAAGGAACCGCCACAGCCCUGAGGACCCCCCCAAAAAUAAACCCCCCCCAAUAAACCCCCCCCGAGACCUCAGAG